GUGCGGAACUGCGCGCGUUCGCUCAUAUGUUGGGCGGUUUUUUUGUCACGAUUUAAGAAAGAACACUCAUUUUUACCUCUUCGUUUCGUUUCGAUUCGAUUCAUCCGGAAAUAGAGGCUUUAUCCUCCACAUUUUAUGUAUUUUUUUGUUUUUGUUUGGAAGAAUACUACGCGGCUCCUCGUUCGCCAAGGCGCUAUCCACAGUCCUCGGAAUGGAUUAGUAGAUGUAAGCUUUCGUACUCGCACAAUAAACCGGACGAUCAACUUUGUUUGACGCUGUCCGUCAUUUUUAUGGCCUCUGCUUCCAAUGAUGUCUAUGAGUUUCGCGCCUGACGGCUUGGGUUCUGCGGACGCGUCCAAAUCGGCGUUUUUAGAGCUCGGUCACGGGAUCUCCGCCAGCCAGCAGCAGCAGCAGCACUUCUCGGGACUCGCGGCUAACGUUUACCCCGCGCACGGGCUGCACUCGGGCGGACACCCGCAACACGAUAAUCCCUUUCCGUCUGGCGCGUGCCAUUACGGCGGGCCGCUGGGUUACGGUUACCCCGCGCCACUCAGCGCUCCUGCGCCCGCUCCUGCUUACUUACCUUACCACCAGCAGGGCAGCUACAGACCCCCACUGAGCCAGACGAGGAAUGACGAGUCCGAUCACGAGAAGCAGCCAGUGAUUGAGAACGGAGAGAUACGUGUGAGUGGUAAAGGGAAGAAGAUGCGCAAACCCCGCACAAUCUACUCGAGUCUGCAGCUCGCUGCGCUGCACCAGCGCUUCCAGCAGACUCAGUACCUUGCCCUGCCGGAGAGAGCAGACCUGGCAGCCAAACUGGGCCUCACACAAACACAGGUUAAAAUAUGGUUUCAGAACAAGCGCUCUAAAUAUAAGAAGAUCAUGAAGCACGGCCCAACCGGACCUGAAGGAGAACUACAAGCCGCCCGUGCGCAUGCGCAGUCGCCUUGCUCUCCCGUGCUGCCCGCUCUCUGGGACGCGGGCAAAAGCGCGCAUACGCAUCCUGGCGGCUACAUGAACAGUUUCGGCCAGUGGUAUCCAUCAUCCCAGGACACUUUACCCAGACCUCAUAUGAUGUGACUCAACUGUCUGCUACCGACAUUCUAUCAAGAUAAUGAUUUUACGACAUGCGUUAUAUCGUAUAAAUGUAUCGAGAAAAAGGUGUGUCGGUAAUUUUCCCUUAAAUUUCUGAGCGUUUGUUUUGCCUACAUGUGAAAAUUCUUUUAUUAAAGUGUAAAUACGGUCGUGUGUUUAAAGGGAUUGUGACUUUAUCCUUGAACAGGUUUCGUUGUCAAUGCUUGUUGAUUUUAUUAGUCAUCGGUGCUUUUCGGUUUUUAUUCGGACUCCUUGAAUAUUUGUUUUGAAUAAAAGACCCGAUGAAAGGUUGCCAAACACUGUGUCGCCAUGCCAUGUAAUUAAACCAAAUUGUUGCUGAAAAUAAUUGUGGAAGUCCAGAAAAAAAUAGAGAAAGAACGUCUAAACACAAAAUAAUUUAGAAAAUCACCACGCACUUCAAUUCUCUAAUCACUUCCAGUUUUUUACUUAUGACUUUGUUUAAUGGUCACUCAAAUAUAAAAUCAUCUAUCAUUUAUAAGCGUAUCUGCUCAUAACAAAACAAUAAUACUAAAUAAUUCAGGUUGAAAUAGAAAAAAAGUGCCCAUAAUAUUUUGGAAUUUGUAUUUGCAUAAGCUUGAUACAUUAUUCUCUAAUCUGUUCAUACAUUAACAUAAACAU